AUAGCAAGACUCGCAUUGAAAUCGUCAGAGAUUCAAUCAUCCAAAACUCGAAAAGAAAGGAACACAAGCAAAUCUACCAUAAUCUCAAAUGAUGGGGUUUGCAAUGGGAUGUUCUUUUCCUUUACACUCCUCAACUUAUCACUCUCUUUUCCCUUCUUUUUCAUCUUCUUCACAGCCCCUUUUCCUCUACUCUUGCCAAAGAAAACCACAUGAUUUCAGUAAGAGAAGAAAAAUUCAUGCUUGUAUGCAACAACAUGACCCCAACAAAGACGAUUUCUGCCAGAGAAGAGCGAUUCUUUUCAUGGGUGUUUCUGUUCUUCCGUUCUUGAAUUUAAAAGCAAGAGCUGUUGAAAAUUCCGCUCCGGAUGAAUCGGAAGAUUCUGCAAGGGCACAAGAACGAAAUCAAAUAGCCGAGGUACCAACUAAUGGAGAUUCAUCACCAAAUCCCUUUAUUACUCUUUCGAGUGGACUUGGAAUAGUUGCUUCAGGUGUUCUUGGUGCCUUUUAUGCAUUGGCUCAGAAGGAAAAGUCAGCCAACAUGAUGACUAUAGAAUCUAUGACAGCUAAACUGGUGGAAAAGGAAGCUGCACUUGUUUCAAUGCAGAAAAACUUUGAGUCAAAACUACAGAACGAAAAGGAAGAAAAAAACGAACAAAGUAGAAAAUCGAAUCAAGAGAAGCAAUCUUUAAUGAGCCAAUUAAGUUCAGCAAAUAGCACUAUAAAGGGGUUAGGACAAGAGCUUCAAAAAGAGAAGAAGGUCAUCCAAGAUCUCAAUAACCAGAUCGAAGGUCUUAAUGCUGACCUCAAAAAAGCUUUUGAUGAUAAAGAAGACCUCAAAAUGCAGGUGAAAGAUAAGCUUUUCUCCAUUCAAGUCCUUCAAGAACGGAUAAAUUUGCUUACAUCUGAAAUCAAAGAUAAAGAAGACAAUCUUGCAAAUUUAAGCUCAACCUUUGAAGCCAAAGAAUCUGAGUUCAAGAAACUGAAUUCUGUGUAUGAAGAAACAUGUGCUGAAUUGGGUGGUUCAAAUUCGGAAAUCGAAAGGCUAAAACAAGAAAUCGUUAAACUUGAGAAAGAAUUAGAAUUGAAGAGUUUGAAUAUUGAUGAUCUGAAUGCAGAAAUUCGAUCUUUAUGUGAUGCAAAAAACGUUAUUAGUGAAGAACUGGAGUCUGUUAGGAAGGAGUACGGUGAUUUGAAGCUCUUUUCAGAACAGAAAUCAGCUUCUGAUGCUAAGCUUUUGAAGGAAAGGGAAAAGAAACUCGAAGAGCUUAAAGAACAGCUCGAGUCUUCUUUGACCAAUGUAGAAAAAAACGAAGAAUUAAUCAGCGUUUUGACGAAUGAAAGGGAUGAUUUGAAAAAAAGAUUGAAUCUGGAAGAGGGUAAAGUCGAAAAUCUUGAAGAGGAGCUUCGUGUGGUUCAGAGGACGUUAGGCGACACAAGAAACGAGGCUGCUGAGCUGGCGGGACGUCUAGAAAUCUCCGAGAAUACAUGUAAGGAGCUUGAAGGAGAGGUUUCGAGGGUUCAAAUCGAGUAUUCUGAAUCUAAACAAGGAUUACAUGAUAACAUCGAUAAACUGAAACAAACUGUCGAAAUGUUGGCUGAAGAACUCGCCGGAAGUAAAGACGUUUUGGAAAGAACGAAGGAGGAAUUGAAGAGGGUGUCUGGUGAACUUCUAGAAGCAUCUGAAACUCGUGAUGAUUUGAGGGAAGAACUGGUGGAGACGUAUAAGAAACUUGAAAUUGUGAGCAACGAGAUUAAAGAAGAAAGGAAGACGAUCGGUGAUUUGACUAAAAAAGUCAACACUCUAGAAACUGAGAUUUUGAAAAUUAGGGAUUCAAAAAAAUCGGUGGAAAUGGAUUUGGAAGAAGCGACGAGAGCACUUGAUGAGAUGAAUAAGAACACGGUGAUUCUAUCGAGGGAAUUGGAGAUCUCAAAGGGUAAGAUUUCUGAGCUUGAAGACGAGAAGGAAGUUUUGUAUAAUUCCAUUAAUGAACAGAAACAUGCGAUUAAAGAAGCUCGAGAAAACAUGGAAGAUGCUCAUGGAAUGAUUGUGAAAUUGGGAAAGGAACGGGAGAGUUUGGAGAAGAAAGGAAGCAAACUUGAGAAGGAAAUGGCGGCUGCUAAGGGUGAGAUUUUGCGAUUGAGAAGUGAAAUGAAUUCUGGAGAAAAGGGGAAUAAGAAUAGAAGUGAAGGAAAUGCAGAAAAGGGGAAUAAGAGUGGAAGUGACGAUGAAGGUGCAGGAGUUGUGAAGAAAGGUGGGAGGAGGAAGAAGGUCGUAUCACAACAGAAAGAAUCUUGAAGGGGGUUUGGUAUUGCUUAAAAGUUGAGGGGAGGUAUCUGUAAUAUUUGAUUCUUGGAGGGUAAAUCAUAGUAGAGGUAGCAUUUGUAAUUUUCAAACAAUUGUCAUUAAAAAUAAAACAUUCAAAAAAUAAAAAUUGUUGCAGUUUACCAACAUAA